GUGUGUUUAAUUCUAAUGCGCUCAGUCUGAUCCGGGCCUAAUGAUCUAAACUUUGGAUCCUACGUACGUGGAUAUAGAAAUUGACAGAUUGAGCCAAAUUCCUGUAUUGUGUAGAGAGGCCGAGCUAUUCGGUGGAAUACACUGUGAUGAGCACCUUUCGCCCAAGUAGUAUACUUGGCAAAAAGAAACAAGACGAGGAAGCGAUUCUGAAGAGCUACAAGUCGUACACCGAGACCGACGACACCUCCGAACCGGCUGCGGCGCCACCCCCUCAAACCAUUGGGUUUGAAGGAGUGCAAGCUGAUGGAGCAGCAGCCGCUAAUCCGCAGGAGAUUGAACUGACGGAGAACCAAGAUGGCCCACCAAACGACAAGGAGGACCAACCGCUCCAUGAAGGGACCCCUCUUCUUAAAAAUAAAAUGCAUGUAAGUUAUCAGUUAAUUGUCUGUAGUUCCAGUGUUGGAGUUAUUCUGGCAAACAUGAACGAGAGAUGA